GGGCCCCUUUGCGCUGGUAGUCGUUGCAGGGGCCGGCCGCGGGACUUUUCCCCACAUUGUUGGUGAGUUUGCAGCAACUCCUCGCCCUGGCCUCCUGCGGCGCCGGAUCGGACUGCCCGGGGGCCCCGUGCUCAGCCCCGCCGAUGCCCCUCUCACCCCACCCCGGCUGAGUCGCCCGCCUUCGCUGCCAGCCCCGCUUGGCAUGAGUUAAGCAGCCAUGGACACCAAACAUUUCCUGCCGCUGGAUUUUUCGACUCAGAUCAGCUCGGCGUCUCUGAACCCCGGAGUCCGCAGUUCUAUGAGCGCACCUUUGCUUCAUCCGUCCCUCAGCAACUCUGGGCUCAGUCCCUCGCUCGGUUCUCCCACUCAAUUGCAUUCGCCCCUCAGCUCCCCCAUCAAUGGAAUGGGUCCGCCGUUUUCUGUCAUCAGCCCACCCCUGGGCCCGUCGAUGCCUGUCCAGUCGUCAGCCGGCAUGGGCUACGGGACCGGCAGCCCCCAGCUUCAUUCCCCCAUGAACUCGGUCAGCAGCACAGAAGACAUCAAACCGCCCCUGGGGAUUAACGGCGUCCUUAAAAUGCCAGCACACCCCUCAGGACCAAUGGCCUCCUUCACCAAACACAUCUGUGCCAUCUGCGGGGACAGAUCUUCAGGUAAACAUUACGGCGUUUACAGCUGCGAAGGCUGCAAGGGUUUUUUCAAGCGGACGGUGAGGAAGGAUUUGACGUACACCUGCCGCGAUAACAAGGACUGUCUGAUCGACAAGCGGCAGAGGAAUCGCUGUCAGUACUGCCGCUACCAGAAGUGUCUGGCUAUGGGGAUGAAGAGAGAAGGGAUGGAGCACCAUCCAUCCCAGCAUACACGAGGUCUUCGAGGCCAGGCCGAACAAGCCGUACAAGAGGAGAGGCAGCGGGGGAGGGACCGGAACGAAAACGAGGUCGACUGUUCAAGUAGCGCCAAUGAAGACAUGCCGGUGGAGAAGAUCCUUGAGGCAGAGCUGGCGGUUGAACCAAAGACAGAAACCUACAUUGAAGCCAACAUGGGCCUCACCCCAAACUCUCCCAGUGACCCCGUCACCAACAUUUGCCAAGCGGCAGACAAGCAGCUUUUUACCUUGGUGGAGUGGGCUAAACGGAUCCCGCAUUUCUCAGAACUGCCGCUGGACGAUCAAGUGAUAUUACUUAGGGCAGGUUGGAACGAACUGCUCAUUGCCUCCUUCUCCCAUCGAUCGAUAGCGGUGAAAGAUGGAAUUCUUCUCGCUACGGGUCUACAUGUCCAUCGGAACAGUGCCCACAGCGCUGGAGUAGGGGCAAUCUUCGACAGGGUCCUCACAGAAUUAGUAUCCAAAAUGCGAGACAUGCAGAUGGACAAGACAGAGUUGGGUUGCCUACGAGCUAUUGUCCUUUUUAAUCCAGAUUCAAAGGGUCUCUCGAAUCCUUCGGAGGUGGAGGCCCUGCGUGAGAAGGUCUAUGCAUCCUUGGAAGCGUACUGCAAACACAAGUACCCAGAACAGCCAGGAAGGUUCGCCAAACUUUUGUUGCGCCUACCUGCUCUUCGAUCAAUUGGCCUGAAAUGCCUAGAACAUCUCUUCUUCUUCAAGCUAAUAGGAGACACACCUAUUGAUACCUUCUUAAUGGAGAUGCUGGAAGCUCCUCACCAAAUGACCUAACAGACUCGAGAUCUCUUCACCGAGUGCAGAGGGCCGUGGACUUAUUCUCGGAUGCCCUCAGAGACGUUGUUGUCUCUUCUACAAUUACAGAAAAACGUCCAAGAACCCCACCCUAUGUCACAAGUGCGCCUUUACUCCGUUCAAAGAGACUAGGGACAGGCUCUCACGUCAUGGAAAACAAAAGGAUCCGUUAUGGACGUCUGAGGCGCAUACAGGCUGGGCUCGCCCUCGCGUUCUCUUUGGAAAAGACUUGGUUGUCGCUGCUGAUGCUUCAGUUGCUGUAAUUGUUGUUUUUGGCUUUUUUUGUGGCCCCCGGUAUCUGAAACCGAAAAAAAAAAGAA